GAGCCUCGACUUGAUUGCGGAAGUACAAUGGCUUGCAAAUAGAUGUAGAAUAUUUACAUUUUUAGAAACUUUGUCAUAUAAAGUGUAAUCAUGUCGCGAUCAAUGAUACCAAGCCAGCAGAAGUUGGCUGAGAAACUAACAAUACUAAAUGAUCGUGGACAGGGAAUGCUGACGCGGAUUUACAACAUUAAAAAGAUGUUGGGGACGUCAGAUAACAAACCGGCGUUUCUCUCUGACAAGCAGCUAGAGCCAGCAUUACGAUAUCUGCUGAGAAAAUUCCCACAAAUUGAUUCAAAAGCAAGUGCUCUUGUACCAGUAAACAAUAUCAAGAGUGAGGUAGUGAAGUCACUGUCACUGUAUUACUACACCUUUGUUGACAUCAUGGACUUCAAGGACCAUGUUGCAGAUUUGCUCACCACUAUUGAUGCUUGUCAGGUGUUCCUAGAUAUUACGUUAAACUUCGACUUGGCUAAGAGUUACCUUGACCUUGUGACAACCUAUGUGUCAAUAAUGAUCCUGGUUUCUAAAGUGGAUGACCGUAAAACUGUGUUAGCACUGUAUAAUGUGGCCCAUGAAUACCUCCAUCAGUCAGGGGACCCAUCUUUUCCACGUUUAGGACAGAUGGUAAUAGAGUAUGAAGUGCCAAUGAAGAAAAUGUCGGAAGAAUUUGUACCACACUCCAGGGUUUUGAUACCAGCAAUACUAUCACUACAUGAUAUAUACAGUAAGAAAACACUUACAGCAGAUCAACUGAGGGCUAUGCAGGUACUAAGUCUGCUCGCAGAACCACAGAAAAUCAGCCAGGUUCCUACAACCACUACGAUCCAGUGUGAAUACCUGUCUCAGGAUAUACUAGAAAGAUGGAUUAUAUUUGGUUUGAUGUUAUGUCACCAGUACCUACAAGAUUCUAAGGCGUGGGAUCUAUGGAAGACAGCAUUGCAGUCUGGCUAUAUUGUACAACUGUGUAGAGAUGAAAUUCUUCAUAUACACAGUUACAUAGUCUCCUUCUUUGACAGCUUGAAGGGACAGAACAUGAAUAAACGAGUCAAUGAAGUGAAGGAAUUACAACACCAGGCCUUACAGACCUCACCAGGAUUACACCGAGAGAGGAGAAAGUUUCUACGAACAGCUCUCCGAGAAUUGACACUGAUAUAUACCGAUCAGCCAGGCCUGCUUGGACCCAAGGCUCUGUAUGUGCUACAAGCACUUUCAAUGGCUCAGAAUGAGGUACACUGGCUCCUGCGACAUUUCCAGAAUCCACCUGGCCGUAGACACAACGUCAAAAUGAACCAAGAGGACUUUGUUGACAGGCAAAUUCCAGAACUGUUAUUCCACAUUGAAGAGUUAAAGGGUUUGGUAAAGAAGUACCAUCAAGUUAUGCAGAGGUACUAUGUACAAUACCUAGCAGGAUAUGAUGCUGUCUUGUUGAAUCAACUUAUACAGAACUUGAACAUGUGUCCAGAGGAUGAGUCAGUGAUUUUAUCAUCAAUAUCUACAUCUAUAGCAGCUCUCACUGUCAAACAAGUUGAAGACAAUGAAAUGUUUGAUUUUAGAGGUCUAAGGUUGGAUUGGUUUAGACUCCAGGCAUAUACAAGUGUGAGUAAAGCUGGAUUGAUAUUAAAGGACCAUCAUGACCUUGCCAAACAUUUAAAUACUAUAGUAUUUCACACAAAGAUGGUUGACUACCUGGAUGAAGUCCUUAAUGAAGCUUCAGACCUCUCCAUAUACUGUUUUUACACCACAAUAUUUGAGCACCAGUUUAAACAGUGUAUGGAAUUCCCGGCUCAGCACAGAUACUGUAUUGUGUUCCCAAUGAUCUGUGGACAUUUCAUGAAUGCUACACAUUCUCUCUGUCCUGAAGAGAGGCAUUCUAUUGGUACUACAAGUGUUCAGUAUGCUCACUGGUUCCUUAAAGACAUGGCUGAUGAGGUGAACCAGGUGAUAACAGCAAUCUGUGAGGAACAGUGUCUUCUUAAUUACAAGCUAUUACCAAAGCAUAGUGUACAGUUGAGUCAGAAGAAGAAGCCAGGAAAAGAGAAGAAGAAAGACAAAGACAAGGAUAAAGAACCAGAGAAACCUGGUCAAGAAAGUGCACGGAAAAACAGAGAAAAUUUCACAAGGAUGGAUAAGUUACACAUGGCCCUCACAGAGCUAUGUUACGCUAUCAACCACAGUUCCGUGAUCCAGGUAUGGGAACACGGCUUUGUCCCACGUGAGUUCUUCCAUCAGCAACUAGAGACACGUUUCAACAAAAUGUACACAUUCAGAGAUGUGUUUAAGGACAAAGCACUUGUUGGAAUGAUGAUGUAUAACCCAGAGACCAACGAGAUUGCAAAACCAUCAGAACUUCUGUGUAGUGUGAAAGCUAUUAUGAGUGUUCUACAGUCUAUUGAAAACUAUGUUCAUAUUGACAUUGCCCGUGUGUUCAACAAUGUACUUCCACAGCAGACGCAGCCAUUGGACAGUUUUAGCGGAGAGAAAACCAUUACUGCCAACUAUACUAACUGGUACCUAGAGGUGUUCCUACGCCGUGUGACAUGUAAUACUGGUCAGAUAGUGUACUCACCAAGUCAGAAGGCAUUUGUUAGUUUGUCACAGGAUGGACAACAGAUUCCUUUUGCAGCAGAGGAAUAUGCUGAUCUGUCAGAGUUGAAAGCCCUUGCCGAGCUUAUUGGUCCAUAUGGUAUGAAGUAUAUGGGAGAGAAACUCAUGUUUCAUGUUGCUAACCAAGUCGAUGAGUUAAAGAAACUUGUGGUUGCAAACAAAGAGGUGUUGGCCCAAUUAAGGACCAGUUUUGAUAAACCAGAACUUAUGAGGGAGCUCUUCAGGAAGUUAGUCAGCACAAAGACUAACACAGCUGAUGUGGACAGCGUGUUAUUACGUAUGACUAUUGUUGGAGUGUUGCUGUCAUUCAGAAGUCUCGCACAAGAAGCCCUAAAUGAUGUGUUAGAAGAUAGGGUACCUUUCUUGGUUGCUUCCAUUAGAGACAUUCACCAUUAUGUUCCAAAAUCAAAAGACUCCAUGCAUUCAACUUUACGCAGCAAGAUGGUUAGUGAGUUGGCUUCAUCGGCUGGGGUACCUUCCAGUAUUGACCCUGUACUUGUACAAGUUUUACGUCAACAGAAACAUGACCAUGCAGACAGUGAAUAUGAGAUAGCCUGUUUACUGAUGGUGUUUGUUGCUGUGUCUAUACCUAAACUAGCCAGAAUUGAACAGAAAUCCAUCUUUGUUGCAUCUGUUGAAGGACAUUUGAACAACAGUCAUUGUUUAGCAAAGGCAAUUAACCAACUAGCAGGUGCUCUGUUCUACCUACAUGGACCAUCAGACACAGAACAACGACUCCAGGAAUUCCUUGCUUUGGCAUCCUCCAGUUUGUUGAGAUUAGGACAGGAGAGUGAGAAGGAAGCUGUGAAGAAUAGAGAAUCUGUGUAUUUACUUCUUGACAAGAUUGUCCAAGAGUCACCAUUUUUGACAAUGGAUCUGCUGGAGUCAUGCUUCCCAUAUGCACUGCUUAGAAAUGCGUACCACUCUGUGUACAAACAUGCUGCGGAAACGUGAAAUGUACAAGAUAAAAUUAACCAACAAAAUAAAUAGUGCAAUCUGUUUUUGUGUAAAAAACAACCAUAUAUUUAGUAAAACUAACGUUAAGGCAAAGAAUCUACUACAUUAUGUUUAGUAUAUGUCCGAAAGUUUACUUGUUUGUGUAGUUUUUAUGUAGUGAUGACUGAACUAUGUGUAGUCAUGAGUGAUUUUGCUGCCAUGAUUGGGUUAUGUUAAACAGUAAUGAUUGAGUUAUAUAGUCAUGAUUGAGUUAUACAGACAUCAUAAAGUCAUGAUUGAGUUAUAUUAUACAAUUAUGAUUAAGCUUUAUUAUGGAGACAUGAUUGCGUAAGUUUAUACAGUCAUAAUUGAGUUAUAUAGUCAUGAUUGAGUCAUACAGACAUCAUAAAGUCAUGAUUGAGUUAUAUUAUACAAUUAUGAUAAAGCUUUAUUAUGGAGACAUGAUUGAGUAAGUUUAUACAGUCAUAAGUGAGUUAUAUAGUCAUGAUUGAGUCAUACAGACAUCAUAAAGUCAUGAUUGAGUUUUAUUAUACAAUCAUGAUUAAGCUUUAUUAUGCAGUCAUGAUAAAUUUAGUUUAUACAGUCAUAAUUGAGUUAUAAAGUCAUGAUUGAGUUAUACAGACAUAAAGGCAUGAUUGGGUUAUAUAAUGCAGUCAUGAUUGAGCUUUAUUAUGCAGUUAUUGAGUUAUAUUAUACAGUCAUGAUCAAAUUAUAUUAAGCAACCAUGAUUAAAAAAGAAACUUGCCAGAUGGAAUAAUGUGUGUAAUACUUGUGUGUUUUAUGUAAUGGUCUUUGAACAUGUGAAAGUGUUUUGUAAUAUAUUUUGUGUUUAUAGAGACUAUAAUUUAAUCAUAUAGACUUUGUAAUAAGUAAAUCAAUAUUGAAAAAUGAUGACAAGCCCUUGUCUUACAUUUUUUGUGUGCAAGUUUUAUAUUUGAAUAUGUGAAAUCUGCUAGAAAUGCUUGUUGAAAAAACAUAAUGAUAAAACUGAAAUAAAUAUUCUUGUAUCAUUUUACUUGAACUCAUAGUCAUUUUAUUUCUGUACUGCCUAAGUUGAUAGUUAUUGUAAAAUUAAAUUAAUCUUAGAUAAUCUGAAAAACUAAAUAUUGAUUCUAUAAUACAUGUAAUAACAGAAAUAUGGCUUGUAGCAUAAAAAAUGAUAAUUGCUAAUUAUGAAUGUACAUUUUUGCCAUUUCCCAUUAAAUGUCCAGGAUCAUGUUUUUGCCGUCUGAAUUAAUUGAAUCAUAUUUGUCAAAUAAUGUACAGUUACCAGAGCAUUAUUCUCAACAUUUUUACUUUGUUUUAUUUGUUGCUUUUUUUUGUGCCAGAGUGAGGUGAUCAAAUUAUACAGAAAUUAUACGGUAAAUCCUCUAGCAGUGAAAAUGCAUCAUUUAAAUGCAAGAAAUUAAGUUCUUAAGACUUCUGGACGUUCUAGUAUUACAUAAUUUUGUUAUUUAUGCAUGCUUAAAAAAUUCUCGCCUAUAUUAUCUGAUACGCCACAUAAAGUAAUAUAAUAAUUCUGAAAGUUUGUAUUAUUAAUUAAUGUUGUUAUGCUUUUUUAUAAUGAUUCUUAGAUCUUCCUUGUGCUUUAGAAUCUCUUUUUAGUGAAAUGAUUAGUAAAUAGAUGUUUAUCAAAAGUAAACAUUUUUGAUAAAUGAAUUUUUUUGAUAGGAAUUAUACUUUUUGAAUGAAAAGUACAUUGUGUAAUAACAUAAGGAUUUUGUAAGAAAAAUGAAUAAAUAAAUAUAUAUAUAUAA